UGUGAUUUAAAACUGGUCUUGGCUUUAUUCAACCGAUACAUAUAUUAGUAAUUUUUGAUGCAUUCUCAGAUCCAUAUAGAUAAAUAAAAACAUGUCACACACAUGGCAUAUUUUCAUAUCAUGUUCCAUAUCCCUCGUGUCAAAAUUUGCAAAGUUACCCAACGCCUACCCAAGACAUGAUUAGCCUUCAGUAUAAUGAUGACCGCGGAAAUGGUAACUAAGACAUCUGAUAAGUGUAACAAAGAAUAAAAUACAAAGUCAUUUUUCAUAGGGCGAAAAGUAAAACAAUUUUUCCAACUCAUCUAUCUCACUUUUCAUGCAUGUACUUGCAACUUCCUUAAAAAACUGUGAAAACUGUACAUAAGUCACACACUCGUCCACACAAUGCUUGAUUUAGAGCCCGAUCAUGACGACGACGACGAUAACCCUUACGACACCUGCUGUCUUCCCUCGCAAUGUUUCACUUGGGUCAAGUCGAAGUUCGAGCAAGGUCCCUCAACUCUGACCAUUCUAGGAAUCGGAAUUCUCAUCCCGUUAAUCGGCACGAUCGUCUAUUCCAGCGGCACCAAUCCCAUCGGGGUUCUCAUCAAAGGGCAAGAGUGCCCCCUCAAAAAUGUCGAACGGGUCACCCCCGUGCACGAAAUGCACAAGUCCGACGCCCUGAAACCCGUGCCUCAUCUGCAAGUUAGGGAAGCCUUCUUUCGCGACAAGCGGGACAAGGUUCACAUCGUCGUCCAAGUGUCGUCAGCCGGCCCGUCGUCAAACCCUGGAGAAAAAUUGGUCAUCCGAGGCGACUACGGCGACGAAGUCAAAGUCAUCAAUACCUUGCACACCCAUCUCCUCGCGAAGCGGCUCUAUUCCGGCAAGACGAAUCAAACCAUUGCCCUUCACGAGGUCAAAAAUUCAGGAAUCAAUGGGAAAAACAUGUCGAAGCUGUUGUCCUCUGUGAGCCUUCUUUCGAUCAAGUGGAUCUCAUAUACGGAUCCGGCCUCGUUGAUGUCCAACAGUCUUGUGGAGAAUGACCUCGUCUGCGGCUACUGGACCACCCCAAAGGUCAACGUGAUGACCUUUCCACUCGACAAGGGGGACGUGAAGAGGAGCAUUUAUAACGUGAAUCCUUGCAGCAAGAAUCACUGCCACCAUCACUACUCGGAGGUUGUCAUUAUGCCGAUGGAGCUGGAAAAACACGAGGACGGAUGUCAAUGUCGAAAGUGUGCGGCGGCCGCUGCGUCGAACUGGUUGUGCUGGGUGCCAAUUUUGGGGCAGGGGUGCAACACAUUUCCCACGGCGAGAUGUUCCCUCAGUCUCCACAAGAUUUCAUGGAAGGAAUUGUUUCAAGGUUGCGGGGACGAGAUUGGGAGUGAUGUCAAGAACACGACGGUCAAUAAGUCACCAUACCCAUCUCAUGUUCUUCUAUCGCUACUACUGUGUCAUUAGAAGAGUUGUAGGGAUGCUGGUCUUACAAUUAGUGUAUUAAAAAAUAAGUGUAAUGCUAAAUUCUUUAAUAACAGAAAAUGUCUUUUAUGCAGCUACAUCUUCAUAUCAUAUUCUUACAGAUCAACAAAAGUGUAUUUAGAAUGUAUGCAAAUAUUUUCAUAAAACUCUGUAAAUUAAAUCAUAUCACUCACAUAAUCACAUCAGACCACCACUGCUUUUUGGUAGCAAUUAAUUAAUUAAUCACAGUCAACAGUAGACUAUAAAAAAAUGUUUUAUUUCCUAAACAACGUACUUCACCUUGCUUGCUAAAUAAAAUAUCAACAAACUUGAA